AUGGACAAACACGGCGGCGGCGGAGGCGGCGGAGGGUUGCGAAGAGUGGUGGUGGUUGGCGGCGGCAUAGCCGGCUCUCUGCUAGCCAAAUCCCUCCAGUUCUUCGCCAAUGUCACUCUCAUUGAUCCAAAGGAGUAUUUGGAGAUUCCGUACGGCAGCUUGAGAUCAACGGUGGAGCCUUCUUUUGCAGAGCGAUCAUUGAUUAAACAUUCCGAGUAUUUCAGCAAUGGCCGAUUAAUUACUUCCCCUGCUGUGGAUAUAACUGAAUCCCAAGUGUUGGUUGCCAAUGGACGACAUGUCGACUUUGACUUUCUCGUUGUCGCCACUGGCCACGAUCAUCCCCUUCCGACAACCAGGGAUCUCCGUCUUCAACACUACAGAACAGAAAAUGAAAGGAUUAGAGAAGCCAAUUCCAUACUAAUAAUCGGAGGUGGACCGAGUGGUGUCGAACUCGCCGGAGAGAUUGCCACAGACUUUCGGGACAAGGCGAUCACCCUGGUCCACGACGGACCAAGAUUGUUGGAAUUCAUGGGACCAAAGGCCUCAGACAAGGCUCUAAAAUGGCUCAUCUCCAGAAGGGUGGCUGUAAAAUUGGAUCAAAAAAUUGAUCUAAACAACGUAUCAGAGGGAACCAAAACCUUUCGAAGUUCAAAGGGCGAGACCAUCAGGGCGGACUGCCAUUUUGUAUGCACCGGAAAACCAGUUGGGUCGGCUUGGCUUCACAAGACCAUGUUGAAAACCAAUUUGGAUAGGCAUGGAAGGUUGAUGGUGGACGGAAAUCUCCGAGUUAAAGGCCGACAUAACAUCUUUGCCAUCGGAGACAUCACCAACAUUCGAGAAAGUAAGCAAGGGGAAUCGGCGAAGAGACAAGCAAGGGUAGCUGCGAAGAACAUGAAGAUGAUAAUGGUUGGAAAAGAGGGUAAGAUGGAGAUUUACAGGCCUCCAUCUUCCACCACCGCCAUAGUUUCGCUGGGGAGGAAACAGGCAGUGGCCCAGUUUUCUUUGACUACCAUUACCGGAACUUUGCCUGGCUUCAUCAAAUCCAGAGAUCUUUUUGUGGGCAAGGCAAGGAAGCAUUUAGGCCUACACCCAACUUUUGUGGAUUCAUUCUAA